AAUAAUUAUCAAUCUUAAAAUGAUAUGAAUCUUAAAUUGUUCGCGCUUAGGGUUCUACAAGUGACGUGACAAAAUCAAACAUAGAGAGUAGUGCCCUCUUGCGAUUGUCUUCCAUUGUGAAGUACAAAUACUUUCACAUCGACAAAAUAAAAACUCCCACUGUUUAUAUGAAGGCAAAACGACAAUACGAGUGAAGUGGUAUGGAAAAACUAUGAAUGACAUCAACAAUAAGACCACAGUGAAUUGAUAAUUGUCUUCUGAUUCAUUCCAUGAUUGCAAAAUAUUUUGUGGCGUGACUCAAUUAGUGGAUAAUAUAAAUUGAACAUUGAUUAGAUUUGAUUUCGAUUUGAUUUUUAUCUUUUUUCAAUCUAAAAUUGUGUAUAUGUGUGUGUGACAAUUUUUGAUUCGAAAAAAGAAAAGAAAUUUUGUUAUUGUGCCAAUAUGAAACAACAAAACGAAAAACAACGCAUAAAUAAAGCAAGUAAAUUACUUUCUCAAGAUGAAAACGAUUUGGUGUUUUCCUUAUUGGGUCGUCGUUGUCAGACGCUGAGCACAGCAGUGGUUCAAUUGUUCACAACUGAAGCGCCCGCCCAUUCAGCAUGGAUAAAACGUUUGAGUGGCAUCGCCUGUUUUGUUCGAGACAGUUCGAAACGAUCAUACUUUAUUCGAGCUUAUUGCAUGAUGAAACACGAACUUGUCUGGGAAGAAGAAAUGUACGAUUCGAUUAUGGUUGGCAAACCACGCGAAUUUCUAAUCAACUUUGAAGGCCAGGAUUGUAUGGUGGCCUUGAGUUUUGCAUCCGAUGAAGAGGCACAUCAUUUCUACAAAUCGGUCUCAACGACAAUUGCGAAUCGAUCAAAGAAACGGCGCAGUCGAAAAUUUUCACCAACCAAAACAGAUGGCAGUCAAGAUAUUGGCUACGAUUCGGGCGUUGUGCUAAGAAAUCAAAAUUCGACGGGAAUGACACAAUUUUCGCAAAUGUCGCAGUCAACAACUGGAAUUCGUGACAAAAAGAGACCAAAUCGUAAGCUAACAAAGGCAGACAUCUCACAGCCAACAAAUUUCAAGCAUUUGGCACACGUUGGAUGGAAUGACAGCAAACGAUUUGAAUUAAAUAGCGAAGAAGUGAACAGUUUGGAUACAUUUUUGAAGAAAGCCGGUGUGUCGGAGCAACAAUUGAAUGAUCGCGAUACACGUGCAUAUAUAUACGAUUUUAUUCAGAGUCACAAUGUAUUGGACUCGGUGAAAUCGGAAAAGCAACAACACACACCACCACCAGUUCCAACACGAAACAAUCCAACUCAACGAAUUGCACCACCACCUCCGCCGAGUGCCAAUAUCACAAAGCCACCAGCACAGCUGCCCAAACAAUCAAGAGUUGGCCCGGGAAGACCACCGCCCAUAUCUGAUCCACAAAUUCAGCAAUCACAAGCAGCCACAGUUGUACACAUUCCAGCACCACCUCCUCCACCACCGCCUCCGCCACCAUUGAACACUUUACCAUCAUUGGCCAAUCAAGCAAAUCCGGUUGCGGUCGCACCAACUUUGUCCGUUCCACCACCAACCGAUACACGCAGUGCUCUCAUGGAUAGUAUUAGAAAAGGAACGACAUUGCGUAAGGUUGAUCCGGCUACGUUAAGUACAGGUAGUGGUGGCGGCGGCAAUGAUGCUCGAAACGAACUGCUGUCUGAAAUACGACAAGGUGUCGAACUAAAACCAGCAGCUGAACGCGAGCUAACUGGACAACGAGAUUCCUGUAACCGAGGUACGGAUGCAUUGGCCGACGCACUACGAAGAGCAUUACAAGAACGAAGUCGAGUGCUUCGAUCAUCCGACGAAGAGGAAGAAUCUUCCGAUAACGACGAAUGGGACGAUUGAAAAACCACUAAACUGAAACAGCAUUUUAUCUCGUUUUAUUUUCAAUUUAUUUGAUUCUGUUGUUGAUUCGUUUCACAAUAAACAUUCUGUUGAAUAUAAAA